AUGGUACUCAAAUGGGGAUCCGAGACCAAAGGUGCCGAUGUAGUCAAUGCAUUUCCCAUGAGCAUCAAGAAACGAACAUUUCUCUUGACCGGAGUCAGUCGGACAGGACUACCAGCAGCAACCGCCGAGGCCCUGGCAAGCGGCGAUGCGGCCGCCAUUAUCCUGAUGGGCAAGUCCCAGGCCGAAGCGCAAGCGAUGAUCGACGAUAUCAACCUCAAACACCCCAAGGUCAAGCUGAUCUUCAUCUCGGUAGAUUUUGGCAGGUUGGCCUCUGUGCGCGACGCGGCGCAGGCUCUUAGGAAGCUUGAUGUGCCUAUUGAUGGGUUUGUGGGAUUUCCGACGGUGAUGGCUGCGCCGUGGACGAAGACGGUGGAUGGAAUCGAGUCUCAUUUCCAGUGCAACUAUCUCAGUCAUUUCCUUCUGAUCAAUUUGAUUGUGGACUUGCUGCCGGCGGGUUCAAGGGUGGUCAUGAUUUGCUCUAGUAUCCGGCCUGAAGCUCCGCCGCCGGCGUGGGAUGAUCCCAAUUUCGCAGAUGGAAAGGCAUAUCAUCCAUUGGAUGCAUUUGCUUUGUCGAUGCUCGCCAACGUUCAGCUGGUCAAGUGUCUGGCUAUCUCGGGGUCUGGACGGUCAAUGUGCACCUUUUCUGUCAAUCCCGGAAACUCCAAGCCAAGCAUUCAGACUGUUGCUUCGCCAGAGCAGGUAGCUUCAUGGCUCCAAAGAAAGAAAGAGUCCAUGUUUGAAGUGGGGGAAGAUCUACCCCUUCUUCUUCAACAAGCGCCAAAGUCAGCUUCGCAGGCAAUUGCCACGAUUCUCAUAGCUCUUCUGGAUCCAGACAUCAGUGCUCUGCCGAAGAUUGACUUCCCUGCUGGCGAGGAAAACGGCCGAGCGUUGUGGACACGGAGUGAGGAGAUGGUAGGGCAGGCGUUUAAGCGUCUCUAG